ACGCGCGCUUCCCGCCCCCUUCUCUUGCCUCUCGCGCCCUCUCUCGUGAGUUCUCUGUCAGUCAGCUCUCCUUUGGCAGGGAAACGAUUGAAAGUGACACGGAAUGAUAGUUCUGUUCUCGUCGACAUUUUUCAGACGUUAGAGAGACAAACUGUAUGCAACACACGUGUUACCACAACAAAUUGAGUCUUCUCUUGGCUGCUCAGUCACAGGCGUAUUUGAUGCUUUAUCCGUGUUCCAGUUUGUGACGAUUCGAGUGAGACUCAGAGGACACUGAGCUUUGCUCAAACGGACUAGUUAAAUGCUGUAACGCUGCGGAGAAAGGACAGAGUAAACCACCGGCUUCGUGCUUGGUUGCUGAAGACGUGUGCCUCGCGAGAAAGUCCUGCUUCGUUCUCUCUCUCUAUCUCUCUCUCUCUUCCUCCCUCUCUUCCUUUCACCACCCUCAGAUAUUAUCAGAGACACAUGCUGUCUGUCCUCUGCUAUCUCUUUUCUCUUGGACACGCUCUUUCACCCACGCUCCUUCACAUCGCCUAGUUCAGAGAAGUGUCAGCCAGCGUCAAAGUCAGCCGAUUUGAGCCUGCCGCGGAGCAGCAAGAAACCCAGCCCUGGAUUCAAUACUUUUGAUCAAUGGACAGAGUCCUCUCAACGGCCAGUCGAGGUACAGGCACGCCAUAAACAACCCCUAUCCUCUGGCUGGAGUGCCCCCUGGAGUGUGGAGGGGGAUGGAGCGCGGCAGCGAGAGUCCCUGCCUGCGGGACAGUCCUGAGCGGAGGGGGGGCAGCAGCCCUGACCUCAGCGGCCCCCCGCCAGUGAAGAUGGGGCGCCUGGAGCUCAACGGGAGCCCCACAGGGCCCCGUAGCCGCCACAACGGCGCCUCCCAAAGGCCUCUUGGAGGCCUGAUGAUCCCAGUCUUCUGUGUGGUGGAGCAGAUGGAGUCAGGUGGGCUGGUGUCGGAGAGCGAGGGCCGCGAGGAGCACGCUGAGUUUGUGCUGGUCAGGAAGGACAUCCUCUUCACCCAGCUGGUGGAGACCGCUCUGCUGGCGCUGGGCUACUCCCACAGCUCCGCCGCCCAGGCGCAAGGCAUUAUAAAGGUGGGCCGCUGGAACCCCCUCCCCAUACACUACCUGACGGACGCCCCUGAGGCCACUGUGGCCGACAUGCUACUGGACGUCUACCACAUGGUCACGCUGCGCAUUCAGCUGCAGAGCUUUGCCAAGCUAGAGGACCUGCCAUCAGAGCAGUGGAACCAUGCCACAGUGAGGAACGCCCUCAAAGAGCUGCUGAAGGAGAUGAACCAGAGCACACUGGCCAAGGAGUGCCCUCUCUCACAGAGUAUGAUUUCCUCUAUUGUGAAUAGUUCUUAUUAUGCCAACGUCUCCACCGCAAAGUGCCAAGAGUUUGGCCGUUGGUAUAAGAAAUACAAGAAGAUCAAAGGGGAUUACCUGGAGAAGAUUUGGUCAGGACGAGAGAACUCUGAAAUCAAAGUGGAGCGUGACAGCCUGGCUGAUUUCUGCAUCCUGGGCCAGCGCCCUCCUCCUCACCUGGCCGGCCUGGCUCAGCUCGGCCCCCUGGGCGGCCCUGGCGGCCUCCUAAAAGGCACGUCCCUCUCCGAGCCCCCAAACUCAUCCCAACCGCCCUCCUCCCACCAGCAGCACCAGCAGCACCAGCAGCAGCAGCAGCAGGCAUCGUCCCAGCAGCAGGCAUCGUCCCAGCAGCAGCAGCACCAGCACCAGCAGCAGCCUCAGCAGCUUGUAAGCCCGCGGGCGGCUCCACCACAGCCCCCCUCCCGCCACCAGGUGCCCCGGCUGGCCCCCGGGUUCCGGCUGCAGCCCCUGCUGGCCACUCCGGCCCUGCUGCUCUGCCCCCAGCUCAGCCCGCGGCUGGUCUGCAGGCAGCAACAAACCAUAACCCACCUCAUCAACCAGCAGCUGGCUGUCAGCCGCCUGCUGGCCCACCAGCACCCACAGGCGCUCAACCAGCAGUUCCUCAACCACCCGCCGCUGCCGCGCUCCUCCAAGGCCGGCAAUGGAGGGCCCGGCGACCCCGGCUGCAACCCGUCCGCCUCCGAAGUGUCCGGCGAUAUCUACCAGAGGGUCAGGGACGAGCUGAAGAGGGCCAGCGUGUCACAGGCGGUGUUCGCACGAGUGGCUUUUAACCGCACACAGGGCUUGCUCUCAGAGAUCUUACGGAAAGAAGAGGACCCCCGCUCAGCCUCCCAGUCGCUCCUGGUCAACCUGAAGGCCAUGCAAAACUUCCUCAACCUGCCCGAGGGCGAGCGUGACCGCAUCUACCAGGAGGAGCGCGAGCGCACCAUGAACCCACCCGUUGGCCUGCCGCCCACCCCACCCUCAGGUGGCAGUGGGGGUCGCCUCUCUCAGAAAGUGUGGGAGCGUUCCAUAGAUGAACAGUUGACCCCUGAUGCCUGGGCAUCCAUCUGGAAGAACAAGAACAAAAUCUCAAAUUCGCCCAAGCCCUCAGGUCCGAGCGCUGAGCUUCCCCUGAAGCUGGAGUCGAUGGUGGACAUCACCUCCGCCAUCUAUGAUGAGAUUCAGCAGGAAAUGAAGAGAGCCAAGGUGUCCCAGGCACUGUUUGCUAAAGUGGCUGCAAACAAGAGGUGCCUUGAUGAGGGGUCACUGCGCCCCACUCAUCAGUUCUUUUUCCCUCGUCAGGUUCUGCACCGGCACCCGCCACAGCCCCUGAAGGACCACUCCCCCAUGCAAGAGGAGCCCCUGCCCAGCUCCGCAGUGGACGAGACAUCACAGAACAGCGCCUCCUUGUCCGCUGCUGCCGCCACAGCCGCAGCAGCAGGCUGUCCCAGCGGGGCCGGCGCCGGGCCCAAGAAGCCGCGCUCGCGCACUAAGAUCUCCCUGGAGGCGCUGGGCAUCCUGCAGAGCUUCAUCCAGGACGUGGGGCUCUACCCGGACCAGGAGGCCAUCCACACGCUCUCGGCCCAGCUGGACCUGCCCAAGCACACCAUCAUCAAGUUCUUCCAGAACCAGCGCUACCACGUCAAGCACCACGGGCGACUGAAGGAGCUCGGAGCCGAGAGCGCGGCUGGCGGCGGAGUGGACGUGUCCGAGUACCGCGACGAGGAGCUGCUCUCGGGCUCCGAGGACGCCGAGUCCAGCGAGGACGGCCACGAGGAGAUCUACGGUGGCCAGGAGGGCGCCGGCGGACCUGGAGCCGCAUCCUCCUCCGCGGCAGGCGGGUCGUCCGCCACCUCAACCCCGACCCCCAGCUGCGGCGGCGGCCCGGACGAGGGCAAGGACAAGGGCCACUCCAGGCCCAGCUCCCUGCCCCCCAGCGGCUCGUCCUCCAGCCCCCGCGAGCAGGCCGACUACCACAGAUAAGACCCCCAACACACGGCCACGACGAGGGCAGGGGAGGGGAGUAGCAGGCCAGGACGGGGAGGGGCAGGGGGAGGGAGAGGAAGAGGUGGUCACACACUAAAACUGUCCAACGGCAUAAGGCUCGCAGCGGUCUGCCCUGACCUGACCUCUGAACUGACUGACAGGCACCGUAGGGGAUUGAUUGCCAGUAGGCUCCCAUGAACAGGCAGCCACACACUUAUAAAGCGACUCAUAUAGGUUACUAAAUCGUUUUGUUGAGCACUGACAAAGAGAUAUCAGUACCAAAGGAUGGUGGAUGAGAUUUUGAACAGACAGCGAGUGUGUGCCUGUGCAUCAAGAGUCCCAUGUCAUCUCACUGUGGUGAUCAUGAGUUUACUGAUUUGCUUGUGAUGCAGUUCAACUGCAGAAUCACCCAAACACUUAUGUUUUUAAAUACUAUCACCCAAUAGACAACACUUAUCCAUGCCAAUCCUUCCCUUCUCCAUUAACACUAAAUGGAAUCUUUAAAUGACAAAUAAAAUUACAAUUUUAUGCCCAACACUCAUGGGGGCGUGUAGAGAACUGAGUUGAGUCAAAUCGCCCCCUCCACCUUAACAGCAAGAGGGACAAUGGAGCUUUGGACCUCUCAAAGGACAGGCGAGGAUGUACUCCUGCCUGAUCAAGCAGCUGUGUGGGCGGUUGUGGCUUGCCUCUUCCUCCCUGCGUCCCUUCGACAAGGCAUUCCUGGUGGUGUCUGAUGGGGGGAGGUCGGGGCAUGUGGGGUAACUGUGCGAGACUGUUUAAGAGGAGGGUGGAGACUGGAGGUGGUGGAAAGAGAGAGAGAGAGAGAGAGAGAGGAGGGAGUGGGCUGUGGGGUGUAUACAACAGCUCAGCCCAUCAAUCCAAUUAUAAACAUGUGUGGUCUGUGCCGAGCCCGACAGCCACUUUGAGGAGAAAGGAGAGGCGUCCCUCCCUCAGCCUCCCCCACAUCCACCCCCACACGCCACCCCCACACGCCACCCCCACCCCAACCCCUCGCCCGACCAGUCACAUUGGUCCCAUCAGUCCUGUGUGGUACCCCCCUCCCCCACCUCCUCUCCUCUUCUUCCCCACCUUGAUAAGCACCACCCCAAAGCCUGUCUGUUUGUCAGCCUGUCUCCGACACUCAUCUGUUCUUCUUAGGUUUCUGAGUGUUUGUUAACAACAACAACAUCAACAACAACAACUUUGUGUAAUCCUCUGCUGCCUCGACUGUCAUCUGAUUACACGCUGGCCACCAAGCAAGCAGAAGCAAUCAGAGAAAAAGACUUUGAAGACACCGGGGCACAGAGGGCUAGAACAGCCAAAACAAAGGGGGAACUUCGGAAGCAUGGACUAAUGCCACUGCAGUUGGCCAGCCUCUCCCUACCUUUAACCCACACAAGAGUCGGAAAAAAACACAGAAAAGACAUGCAGCAAAUGUCAACAAUCAGGCACUUUAUGUGCGGUAGCCCACCCCUCAUACUUAUCCAACAUUUCCCUCCCCCCUGACUGGUACUCCGUGUGCCACUUCACCAACCCUACCCACAUAAACUCCAUGACUCUAUUUAUUACUAUCUUUAUCCAUGAUUAUUGUUAUUAUUAUUGUUGUUGUUAUGGCUGUUAUUGCAGUCAUCGCUGUUAUUUUUAGUUGUAUUUGUCAUGGUCUAAUGUCAGCUUUUGGCUCAUGGUGGUUGUUUUGGUAAUGAGAGACUUUAUGAAAGGGGACAGCACUGCCAAAAAAUUGGAAUGAGAGAAUAAGAAGCAGUUACUGAUGUUAUUGAGCAAAACCCUGAGAUGUUGUGUACUGCCAGCUCUGUCUGUCUAUCAUAUGGACUUUUCUAAAGUUAGCAUUUGUCAGACCAGGAGCUGUAUCCAAACUAAUUAUAAGAAAAACAUAAGAAUUGAAAUGUACCUUUUUUUGCUGCAGAUGUUGACAAUCCUAUUAUUUUUGUUUGUUUGUUUGUUUGUUUGUUUGUUUGAGCCAGUCAUAACUCACUGGCCGUGAACUCUGAAUUCUGUAUGGACAUGUUUGUGUUCACGAAACAGUACCUGGAAAUGAACUCCGACGUAAAGGCGACAAGUUCUCCCUGUAUCGAAAUGCCACAAUAGGGUUGCUGUGGCAACGUGUCGAUCCAGGGCUCCAAUUGGCUGCCUUGAGUCAGCUGCUCCCUCUCUCCUGAGUAUUCUGGUUUAACAGACUCUGUGUCUGACCAGAGGUUGACCUUUCAUCUAUUUUGAUUCAGUUAGGUAAUAUUAAUGGUCUGUGUUUGUUGUUUUGUCUUCAUGAUGUAAAGCAGUUUUAUGUCGUCCUGUUUUGGAGCUUAGAUGCUAUCACCCCCUCUCCCCUUCCUCCUUGUCCUCCACCUGCUCUUUUUCUUUGUACACUGAUGUGUGUUUGUUCCACUGUUUAGCUUUUGUGAUGAGAUUUAAAUAUAAAAAAAACGAAUUGAUGUUUUCAGAAAGAAAGUUACAUCCUCAAUGGUCAGGGUGCACUUUUUAAAUGAAUAUUUGUGACUAAGUCAUGACCGCCACUUCUGGGGCAAAUCUGGAAGACUGUACAUAGUGUAUGCAAGGUGGAGAUGCCGUUGUCGAAGAAACAAUGAGCAUGUGUUAAAAACCCACUCAUAGACAUCCUCAACGCACCGCACACGUUCAUCCGGAGAAAAGUGACAUUGAGAUUUACUCCUCACUAAUAGUCAAAUGCUUUAUUACGUCUGAGAAAUGAAAGUUAAACACAGUUUAAAACCCACCUCAUAAUCUCUCCCUCUCUCUCUCUUUCUCUCUCCCUUUCUCCUCCCCCCCUCCCCUUGUCCACUGCUCUGAACACUGGCUCAGUAUCGGGCCGUGGCUGCUCUGCAUUUCUCAGUCCCGUUCGAUUAGAGGCCUCCCUAAAGCCACGAGGGCCAGCGUCCUCUAAUAAGACAUGUGCGGCGAGUGACAGUAAUUCGCAUGGAAGCGCCAGCGUGCACAGGGGCGGUCCACGGGGGUCCCACGGGAGCCUGCAGCGCCUCACCCGGAACGAGGGCUGACACCAGGAGCCUCCGAGGGGCCCCCUUUAGUCUCCGGUCAUUGGGGUGUCGUAGGAGCCCCCUCUAGUAGAGUCCCCACAUUCCCUUCUCGCAGCUCCAAGACACAUUGAUAGGGUCUAGUGCAAUCACUCCACUGUAGGAGGGGACAGCCUGCUUGAAAAUCAGGGAUUAGUGGGUUCGAUACGUAGUUUUCUGUCAAAGAGGUAAUUCUAUCUACUUGUCACUUUCUCCACUUCAGGAAGAAUCAUCCGAAGAUGAGCAUGCGUCUGUUUACUAUUUCGCAUCUCUUGUUUUAUUUGUUUGUUUGUUUGGUUUCAGUCAGCUGUGCAAAAACCUUGUUCUUAGUCCCUCUGUGGACACUGUAUAAGACAGCCCAAAUACCCCAUGAAGCCCCCCCCCCCCCCCCUCCCUCCACUCCCUUAGAGUGUCAACUGUCUGGAGGCUCCGAACAGGGCAUCUAAUGACAUGGCUCUGAUGGUCAACCACAUCCACACCACAGUUAAGCCUGUCAGUCAGCUCCCACCCAGUGAGGCCCAGACCUGCCCCAGUUAUUACCCCUGCAGCUCUCCUCAGAGCCCCCUUCCCCCAGGCCCACACCCACCCACCCCUCCUGUGGAGCCUAGAUCAGCCAAAGACAAGCGAUGCUGAUGAGCCAAUCCCUCAUUCAACCACCUCCCCCCCCUCAAAAAAAUACACCUCACCACCACCUCUCUCAAAUUACCCCUGUGUGUGUGUGUGUGUGUGUGUGUGUGUGUGUGUGUGUGUGUGUGUGAUGAGCGAGGGAGUGCGGUGUGUGUGUUGGAGGCUGGUGUUUAACCUGCCCUGGCGGGGAGUCUGGUCCUCAGCGUGAGGCAGGAGCAUUCACCAGCCCGCCAUCGCUCACCCUACGUCCCCCAGAGAGACACUAAUUCAGGUGAAGAAAAGACAGAGCGGAUGAAUGAGUGAAUGAGUGAGUGAAUAAAUGAAAGAAAGACACAGAGAGAAAAAAGAAACAAAGAUGGGCUCUUUGGGAUCCUGAUGAGCAGCAGGUUAAGGUCAGUUGCCAAUUAUCCCACUACUUGUCUGCUUUUCACUCUCUCGCAUUCCUCAUUCUCUCCUUCGAACAGACAAUCACUCGCUCUCACGCUGUGGUGUCACGCUUAAUUGGGGUUGAUCAUCUCAACUUAUGGAGGUGGCAGUCACUCUCAGUGAACAGCAGCAGCGUCAUGAGACUGCAACUCCUCGUAGGAGGCCAUCUCGACUCUUUCAUGAUCCUGUCCAAGUCACAAUCAUUUUUAUAUUGGCAGGAUUAGAAUCUACUAGUAAAGUGGUCAUGACACUUUACUAAUGCUACAUAAUGCUCUUAUGCUGACAAGAGGAAAGUCAACUCUAUUUGAUGGUGUCACCAAAUAUAGUGUACUGAUAAAAGCCCCCACACUUAAACUCUAUAGAGCUACUUUCACUGUAUAUGCCUGAUGGUUUCAUGUGUAUGUGAUUUUAAGUUUCUUGAGCUGAUAACAUGGAGCGAUAAUUGUUUUUCUUGCAGUGCCUCUUGACUAAGCACAAUGUCCGACCUAAUUGUUGAGAACAAUCCAUUAUAACAUUCAUCAAGUUGAUCUUCAGGUUUGCCACCGCUGCCAACACUUUCAUCUCGAUUUUCUAUUUCACCUACAAUGUGAAUCAGGAUUGCCAUUCCUGGAUUGGUAUUUUUCAUAUUCCAUGUAAAUCAAGUCAUAGUCAUUAUCACUAAGUGAUAAUUAACUCUCUAACUUAUGUGCAUUGCUUUUUUGUGUAUUUUUUUGUUUUUCAUAUUUUAUUUUUCAAAUUGCUGUCGUUUAAAUAAAGUGCAUCCAUUGAAAAGGGAA